AUGGCAGAAAAAUGCAGUGAGGGGUUGCUGGUGAGUUUGCGGGGAAUACGUCAGGUUUGAGUUGGCAUAUUCUGCCCCCUUGGAAUGCAGGGGAGAGGGAUCCAUGGGUCUCGGUGGUCGGGGGGGGGUGAUGUUGAGGAAUUGUUACUUAAUUUGUUUGCUGCUUUUCUGCACAGAUGUGCCCAAAGCGAUGCACUACAUGAGAACGCAGCAAAGCAGCAUUAGCGUAAACAGCUCAGUACCAAUUCGUUUCAAAUCAUAAUACAGCAAUCUCCACAAAGGAGUCUGUUUCAUUAAUACUGUACUGUUAUAACAUAGUACAUUCAUUUCAGAAUAGGCGGUAUAAAUCAUUAAAGCACAGUAUCAAUUUAUAUUAUUUAUCAGUUGCUAAAGCACAUUUAAGCCAGAAUUAGAUACAAUAAAGCUUUCCAGUGUAGCCAGGUUUUCAUAAAUAAUAUAGCCCGCAGGCAGUUCCUCAGAUGUGUCAAGUGCAGGAAAUCGCAGCCCUAUAUUUUACAGCUAUCAGUAUAAAAAGGUGUUAGAUGCAGAUGCAUCACAACAAUCUUAAGCAGAAGGGCAGUGGAUGUAGAGUCUGGGAAUUCCCCAAACUAAGAAAGCACACUUGGCUGCCCUCAGAUAUCUAUGAAAAGUCAUAUAACUGUUUAUCUCUUUGACAUAUGAUGGGAGGGCAUUCCACAGGGCGGGCACAACUACCGAGAAGUCCUCAUGCACCUGUCCAUUUCCUCUUCCCCCAAAUAGCCUGGGAAGUGGAAGGCAGGAUGUGCCUUUCACAGGUGCCUUUACCAGAGCUAGGCUCUUCACUUCUCUCAUAGGUGAAGUGAUGCUACUUCCCUUAAAGCCCCCCCCCCUCCACAAGUCAUCAGACAUUACCAAGGAAACAUGUAGAGUUCAGCAGGUGGGAAAUGUUAGCCCCCAUCCACACCGCUGUGUUGUUUGUGUUUUGGAUUUCUACAUUUACUGAGAGCGAGGCUCCCAGGAGACGCCUGAAAUAGCCUGCACCCCAGCCAGGGGGCACCGUGCCAGUUUCAGGCCUGGAACAUGUGGGGGAAGGGGAGUUUGGAUAGCUGCAACACACAGACACCAAAGUCCCUUGCAUUCCAUCCAUAGAGAUUGCAGGUCUUCUCUACUGCAGCAUUUCACAGGCACGUCCAUGCAUUCCUCUACACAUUUCCUCUCAUGUGCUGCUUUAUAUUUUUCCUGCAUAAAACAUCGUUUUGUAAGCACAGAGCACUCAGACCCUGACAUUCGGGCAUACAGCACAGCACUGUAUGAUCUGUGACCCGCACACACUAUUUCCUCCCAUAGCUUUUUCAAUCCACAUGUCUGCAUGUGUAUUGGAAUUGUUUUUAGAUGUUUUAAUUGUGCUAUUGCUGCUCUGCUCGCUGACCUGCUGGCUCUUUUUGGAGGAACGUCAAGAUACACAUGUAAUAAAUAAUAAUACAUCAAUGCAUGCACAGACAUAUUUUCAUGCACACAAACACACGUGUAAAGGGCUGUGCCCAUUGGGCCAUCUCCAUUCAACUGAAUGUGAUUCUGCUGAUUAGAAACAAAGUCAGGCCAGCCAGCAUUAAUCAAAAUGAAAGGAGAUGAUAAACGGGUGAACCACCUGCCCAAGUGCGGUUCAGAUUGGCUGAACCUAGACAGCAAAGGGUAUGUGCGAAAACUACUCAGAUUCCCAUAUUUGCCUGGUUGCGGGACAUUUUGGACUGUGCACAUACCCUUUGCUGCCCAGGUUCAGCACUUGGUGUUAGAAAGCAUCCCAGCAGGCCUGCAAAUGUGUGCACAUGCUUUCACAUGCACAGGCACUAAGAGCACUGCUCCUCUUUUGCUAUACAGUGGUGCCUCGCAAGACAAAAUUAAUUCGUUCCGCGAGUUUUUUCAUCUUGCGGUUUUUUUCGUCUUGCGAAGCACGGUGUCGCAAAAGCUUUGGAAAAGCUUCAAAAAUCACCAAAGUCCUCAAAAACCUCAAAAAAGGCUACCACACCACGUGCUAUGAGUUGCUCCUCGAAGUCAAGUCUCAACUGUAUUAACGUUUUUAAGAAAAAGGAAACAAACUUGUAAGACGUUUCCGUCUUGCGAAGCAAGCCCAUAGGGAAAAUCGUCUUGCGAAGCAACUCAAAACCCUUUCGUUUUGCGAGUUUUCCGUCUUGCGAGGCAUUCGUCUUGCGAGGUACCACUGUAUUGCAGUGCUCUUUGUGUGAAAUGGUAUAUAAUGACUUGCACAUCCUUGCCUUCUUCCCUUGACACAACUUUUAUACUGUUGCUCAAUGCUCUGGCUGCUACUUUUGUUUCUGGAGUCCUUUGUCAAUGUUGUUUUGUGCCCUGGGGUGGGGAAAAGAGGGUGUGCAGCGGGGAGAGUCCAGCGUAGCUUCGGAGUACGACAUAUAUUCCGAGUCAAUCUUUAACCAAUUCUGGGAGUCAAUGUUGUCAAAUGGGAAAGAGGAUGUUUGCAGAGGCUACUAGGACAAGGGAAGGGGUUGGACUAGUAGGUGAUCCUUGGGAUCCCUUCCAACUCUAUGAUGGGAAGGUGAAUCAGAAAUGCCCCUGCAUUUCACCCCACCCAGUCACCUGGCGUUGAAGUCUCCUGCUUGCUCUCAUGCAGUUCGUGUAGUGUCUCUAGGUCACUGGAGCAGGCACUCGGAGCUUUCUGGCCACAGAGAAGAAGCUAAUCCCCUCAUUGAGCUGCCUAGACAUAAUUGAAAUAGCAGCAUAAACCCAUCACCCACUAAUCGCCUAUCCCAAGACAGUAAUAGUAUCUCAGAGCCUACAGCUUCUCUUUGAGGUCCAGGGAAAGAAUGGGACAGCUCUCUCUGACACUUCUUUUUGAUGGGGCUUGAUUUUCUAAUGUCCACAUUCCCCAAAAUACCAAAUAAACAUGACAUUGGCACAGAAUGUCCCAGUCUGGGAACCACAAGCAUUUCCAAGAAGAGACAAACAAGGGGUGGUUGUGGUGUCAGUAGCACAUAAAAACCCUGUUGGUCACCUCUCUCACCUCUUUGUGUCCUGUUCUCUUAUCCCCCAGUUUGUCCUCUUGGGUAGUUCUCUUUCAUCUGAUGAGCAUUGGCGGACUUAGGUUGCAUAGGAUUUGCCCCCAGAAGAGAAUAUUUCCUGGCUUUUUCAAGGAUUGUCUGUCACAAAACAUAACUUUCUUAUCGCACAGCAUUCAACUAUUGUCAUAAUGCCUAUUUCUGAUAGGUAGUGCGGAGCAAGACAAUUAUGCAGUUGUGGGUGGGGGAAUAGUUUUGGGCCACUUGCUUCUUUCUGGAGCCACAGUAGCCAAGCCUUGUUCCCCAUCUUGUUGCAUGUUUACGUGUGUCAUGAAAUUGGCUCUAUCAAUAACUGGGGCUCUUUUGGACUGAAUCUUUGCAAAAUGCCACCUAUGCAGCUGCCCAGUCCCUUUGCUCUAUAUUGGCUGUGGAUUAACAUAAAGGCAGUAGAGACUGGGAAGUGUUGUUGACACACAGUGAGAUCCAGAAGUGCUAGUGGUAAUUAGCCUUGGAUGGUCCUUUCCAUUCAUCUGGCACUCUUUGCUGCCAGCAUCAGCCAGCAGUGCCCGGGGUUCUGAUGUUUGGACGGAUCAAAUGCCCAGGUAUGCCCAGAGGUGCCAACUUUGGUCUAUUUACCUCUUACCCAAAGUGACAUUGUGUGGAUCAGUCUGACGUUGUGGAAAAUUACAGUUUUUCAGCCGGUUGGGGAGAUGGAGCAAGCUGGGCACAAAGCCACAAGUGAGAUGAUUGCAUGGGCCAGCGAUGUCAUUCACCCAUAGUGCUAGCAUCUAUUUUGUGGAAUUGAUCAGUGUUUCAAGAGCCAGGUUUACAGGUAUCUGUGGUGCAAUGGGGUUUCUCCAUCUGGCCUCUGCCCAGGUCAGUCAGCUACUAGGAAAUCUGUGGGUACAUAAUAUUUCUGUCAAUGGGACAGUGUAUUUCCUGCUUCUAACGCUCUAGGACUAGGUGAAAGAAGGAACCAUUCAUUUUAAAACAGGGAGGAGGAGGAAGACAGACCAUUGAGAAGCAUCUAGGUCUGUUCUGCCAUUGAAGAACUGUGUGUUCAUAGUUCUGUAUGUGUAUAUAAUGCUCCCCAAAACUGGUGUGGAUGUUUCUCCUCAAAUUUCCUUGGUACUGGCACUCUGACUCCAGCCCUUCUGAGUAUGUGACUCUUAGUCCUGGACUGGCCUUGUUUUUACUUUCCGUGGAUGGCAGCAGUGCUUGCCUCAAACCCAGAGUUCUAUACAAUGUGUAAGAAAAAAUGAGGAACAGGAUUGUAGCCUCUUUCUUUCUUUCUUUCUUUCUUUCUAAACUUAAAAAGUACCCAUUGCUUUGUGACUUAUAGUUUCCAUACUCCCCGGAAAGACUGGACUUUUUCUGAUAAGGAAAUAUGAGAAAAUGCAAAGAAAAUAAAUCAGAAUGAGCGCUCAUUAAAUAACCAAUGUUGUCUGAUCGCCCUACAAGCAUCAGGAUGAAUGUUCAGUGAGCAGGCUGUGUGGAAGCGCCUAGCAAUUACAGAAAAGAGGCAGAGAUGGUAAGACAGGGAACGGUUAUGUGUCAGGUGUUAACUCUAGCUCUCAGUGCUGUGCUGUGGAGCCAACUUCUGGAGAAUUUUGUUUCGGUUCUUUCUGAUCAAGGGGGUUUGGGGUGGGAAUCCUGAUGCUGUAUGGAAUUCCUACCUCAGAGGGGUUGCUGCAGGCUGGGAAAUGCUUUCAAGUGCCUCAGGGAAAGGCAGUAUCAACAUUUUGGGAGUCCAAUGCAGGGGUGAGGGCAAAUGUGCCAGCAGGACAUUUUUAGAUCACUUGGAUCCUGCUCCCCCUCCACAAGUUCUGCAAAUGGGGCCAUCAUAGUACAGCUUGCAAACACCAGGAUGUGGGCAGGACUUGGACCUGAGAAAAACAGCUCUGUCCUGCUGCUUCCUGAGUCCGGAUGGACAAGACCUGGGCUCCAGCCAGCUACAGCAUCCCUCCAGGCUGCCUGCAGUGGGAUUGGGGCCCAGAUAGUAAAGGGGGAUGGCUAGUGUGGUAGUAAAGGGGGAUCUGCAAUAGUGUGUAGCGGACUGCAGUACCUUUAAUUCGGCUGGGAACCCUGAUUCCCAGGGAGAUGUCAGGAGACACAGUGAAUCCUGGAGAGGGUACUAAGUAGAGUGAGAGAGAGGAUGCUGAGCUCUUGAGGCAGCUUGCCUUUUUCACUGGAAUGGGGAUCCAUUCACAAAUCCCAUUUGCUGCCCUGACACUGCCUGAUGGGUGUGUGUGUGUGUUUUCUCCCAUUGAGGGGGUGGCAUUUCCCCCAGCAGAAGUCAGUGCCAGACACUCUCUCACUUGCUCGUUUUUAAGGACAUUAUGUUUUGUCCUUGGAUUUGCCAUUGCCUUUGUUUGCACAGCAACCCCUGCCAGCGCCUCCUGACUCUUGGGCAGAUUCCCUGGCUGCCUGGGGGCUUGCAGCAUCUGCUGGGGGAUUUUUAGGCAGACGGGGCGGGUAAAGAGGGCAGGGGCGUCCGUGGCAUAUAUUGCAGUGAUGACCCGGGCGGUUGUCUUCCACUUAGCUGCGGGGUUCAAGCCUAAUGAGGGAAUUUUACUUCUGGGUUUCAAGAGAUUUAAGCCUGGUUCAUGCCUGCCGGCCUCUGGCCAAACCACCCCCGCUGUGGGUGCUGAGCCUUUACUAGGCUGCGGAAGCUCCUCUGGCUGGAAUAAUAAGGGGGGAGCAGAAGGAGGGGGGUUGGUGAGGAUUUUCUGCCUGAGCAGCCCUGGAGAAUUGAGGCCGGGCUGUCAGCGGGGCCUGAGAAAGUCGCCUGAGGAUGUAUGUGUUUGGCACAGGCCUCUUUCUUUCCCUCCUUACCCACUUCCUUGCCCCAUGUUCUCCCCCCACACCCAUGACAGAGACAAGAGCUGCCACCUGUGAAUGAGGCAGCUAGAUAGGACCCAGUCCCAUCCUUUUGAAAUGCACCUAUCGUAUCCUGAGGUGUUAUAUGUACCUGGCACACCAGCCCUGUUGCUGAUAUUCACAGUGUAAUCAAGGGUAGAUGAGGCUCAACUGCAUCAAGUUGUCUGUCUACUCAGGCAAAGGCUUCUGUCACUCCAGUCCCUCAACCCCUCCAGCAUGACCUGACACACAUAUUGAAGCAUUACACCACUCUUUUCAAUGAGCUUCUAAGGGGUGCUCUGCUUGAUAGAAUAUUUGUGGGUUAUCUCUCUCUCUCUCUCUCUCUCUCUUCCCCUGAUCUGCAUCAACUGAGUGGAAAUUUAGAGUGAGUUGCUUGAAGCAUUAUAUGUGAUGUGCCAUAAGAUUGCCUAGACUCCGAGUUGCCGCUUAUCUAUCUGUACUGUUGGUCAGUGUCCCACCAAAGUACCUUCAUCACACUUGCAUUCUAGUCCUUGGGAGUUCUGCAAAUAUGCUUGGCUGUUGUCAUGCCAUAGACAGACAUGGCCAAACUUGGCCCUCCAGAUGUUUUGGGACUACAACUCCCAUCAUCCCUAGCUAACAGGACCAGUGGUCAGGGUUGAUGGGAAUUGUAGUCUCAAAACAUCUGGAGGGCCAAGUUUGGCUAUGCCUGCCAUAGAACAAAGAAUAAACAUUUAACAUGGGACACAAUAGCUAAAAUCCCAAGAAUCCUAGCUUGCUUAAGAACGUGACCAAAGCACACUUACUGGAAAAUAAGCUCUACUGAAAAUAAUUGGAUUGACUUUUGCGUAAGCAUGCAUAUGAUUGCACUGUUAUUUUUUUAAAAAUGGUGUUCAGGGAAGAUGACCACCAUAUUUGAAUUGCUAAUAAUAAGGAGUCUAUGGUUUGAAAUAUACAGGGAUUUCCAUACAUCUUGACUUUUAAAUAUUAGAAACUUUGUUAGAAUUUAUUUUUUCUUUUCUUACUGGCAGGUUUUCCUCUGAUAGUUACCUGCUGCCAUGCUGGUGGUGUUACUUUUCAGUAAUGGCUUUUCAGCUUGCAUGAUUGCAGAGAAAAAAAUGAAAACACAUGGUCCAUAUUUUAAAAAGCACAGAAUACAGAACAUUCAGAUGAGAACAUUAGUGUUUAAGGAUUCCAAAGGUCAAGACAAUAAUAAGCCUAACUUAUCAUACUCCUUACAGCUACACCCCACACCAAACUCCUGCAUAUAUUCUCUCUUCCUCUUCACUUUUGUCUGAAUCCCAACACUUAUUUACCAUAAAUAAUUUAAGAUAAAAAUCCAAGUUUUGCAAAAACCUUAAAAAAUAUUUUCCAGCCAAGUUCGGACUCUGUUCACAUAGGUUUAUGCAAACUUUAUUUUAAUUGAGAAACUGUGGCAUGUUGCUUGCAGAAUGUGGGGAUUUUAUUGCACAAUUAUUGAUUCUAAUCAUGCUCUCGUCUCAGUUCUUGUUCACCUCUGUUUGAUGGUGAUGGUAGAGAAUGGAGUAUUCGCCAGUGCUGAAGAACCAGAUGUUCCAGCACCACUAUGCCUGAGUUUUCUUUCUUUCUUUCUUUCUUUCUUUCUUUCUUUCUUUCUUAAUUUCUAAUUAGUUUUUUUAAAGUUUUUUGUGUUACAAAACAAACAGACAAAGAGGGACAGGUACAGCUAUUGUCUCCAAUUUCAAUUUGUAGUCUUUUUCACAGUUCAUUUACAUUUAAUGAGAGACACCUUUGUCAUAGACAUCUUCCUUUUGGGGGAAAUGGGAGAGGGGAUGCCUGCGUUUUCUGAUGUUGCAUGCUCAAGGUGUAUUUAAGUGCAGAAAGCCAGCAUCCUUGGUACCUCUCCUUCCUUUGACAUGCUUUUUAUAAGCAAAUACAUAUCCUCCUAUCCCUGCAGUUACAUUGAUUUGGAUAAUAAAUGGACUGCACUGGAAUAGUAGUUUCCAUUAAUGUUGGUCUCUCCAUCCCCCAGGAUAGAACACACACCCCAGCAUUGAACGCACACAUUCUUCUUCUUUGAACUUCAAAUUUUGAAGUUAUCUGAAAACACUAGUAGCUUGAAGUUACUACUUUCACAUGGGAGACCUGGAACAGAAAAAAAGGGAAGCUUUCCUUCCUGAUUAAAGCAAAAUAAUUCUUUGGGAUUAAGGGGGGGGAGCACAUUGGGCGUAUUGAACAACUUCAAGCUAAUCAUGGUUUCUAAUGGUCUGAUAUAUGAGUGGAAUAUGUUUUAAGAUAUAUAGAUCUGUCUUGACUUCUUUUGGCAUAAACUUCCCCUGCCAGGUUUCUCCCAGAGAAGUUAAAACAUGUAAAAAUAAAUAAGGUAUUUAGAUCUGUUUCUAUUGGUUUAGCAAGCUGCCCUUCAAAUCAUGCUAAAACCUUCAUCUGCCUGAGAAGAGUGUUGUAUUAUUUCCAGUGGUUGCAUGUUUCUUUACCGCACAAAAGUUGGUCUAAUAAAAGGUUUCACCUUUGGGCUAUGCUCACUUCUAACUCACCUUCUAAGAAGCUUGACUGAAUAUAGUUGCACAUAUGUGCAUUAUCUAAUCUCCAUAUAUACAAUUUCGACUCAGCAUAUUUAAUCCUCCUAAGAUGCUCCAUAUAUUGUCAACAGUAUAGGAUUGGAUCCAGGCUCAGUCCUGUUUAGAAUAGAUCCAUUUAAAUCAAUGGGACUAUAUCUUCUAAAACUAACUGAAUAUACAAACAUACUGUAGUUCUUUGGAUUUUUGCUUUAAUAGGGCUAUUUCUUAGUGGGAGUUUUCCAAUAAAGAGCCAGUAGUUAAGUACAGUUUACUUAAAACAGCCAUAGGCAACUAUAGCCAUCCCCUGUUCUAUGCCCCCAGCAUCUGAUAAUUGGAAGCUUGCUGCCUCUAAACAUGGGGGCCUCUAUUUUUAGUUAUUUUUCUAAAAGGCACUGUAUAGCUCCUAUUCCCAAUGAAUUUUUCCAGCUCUUGAUUUUGGUUUUUAAAAAACAUCUACAGUUGUAGCCACAAUCAUAUCUUGUGAAAAUGGUUUCUGUAAGUUAAUUGUACAUUAAGGCUGACAUCCUAUACCUCCCUAGGACUAAGCCCCACUGAACUGAGUAGAACUUACUUCUGAGUAAAUAUGCAUAGGAUUGCUCUGUAACUUGUACUUUCUGACAAACACUUCAGAGAGCAAGUCCUUCUAAUACCCUUUGCCAAAAGUUUUGUAUAUUGUAAUGGCAAUGAAUUAUCACUGAACUGAAAUUGAACAAAGGUUUCUAAUCUUCUAAUCCUUUGUCCACAAGAGGUUACACAGACAAAAGGUUCCAUAGCAGCCAAACUUGUUGACCGAUUUGUAUUUGCUGCUUCCCAUUGAAUUCUAUGUUGCUGUGUUGGGUGUGGGUUGAAUGUUUGAGCAUCUGACUUUCACAGUGUUUCAGGAAGGCUGCGAUUCACAGGUUGGGAGUAUGUUUGGGUUUUAAGUUUUGAUCUUGCAGAGCAUUGCUGGCUGCUUUACUAAAGCUACAUGAGAAAUGGGAAACUCUUCUUUUUGUUGAAAGGAAGUGUCCCAAGACCUGUUGUCAGCCGCUGCUGUGGGAGUUCCCGUACAUUCAGAAAAGCUGUUGCAUAAGUUUAUUCACUUAUUUCAGUUGGUUUCACAUCCACGAAGUGGUAACACCGACUGGAUGUUAGAGAAUGAGAUACAGAGAUAUGAGAUAUAGAGAAUUGUUAGAGAAUGAGAUAUAUGCAUGGUGGGGUGAGGUGGUGGGGCUCACCUCACCUCAGUUGCAUUGUUGCUGCUUCCUGGGAGGUAGAGGGUAAGGGAUGAGGCGACGAGCUUAUUUUAUAAUAGAAAUGGCAUGCCACUCUACUCUCCCUCUCAGUGUUAUAGGUGAAAUUAUGGCCCCACACAUACACAGUGAGGAAUGUACCCAUACUCCAUCUGUCUGUAAUGGAAUAUAUAGUACUCGUUUGCAGCUAUUGUCUCGGAAGUUAUUACCACCGCUCCCCCAUUCACACUGUACAACAGAAAUGGUAGGAGCCUUUACUGUCCCUUUUUAAGAGGAUGGGUGAAGUUAUGACCAGAUUUUCAGUUCACAGCAUUCACCUGCAUUCUGAGUAAUACAUUGGAAGCCUGGCUGUAGCAAAAUGUCAACUGAAGUUAUGUGCCCAUCAGUUUAGAUUCUUUUACUCAGUUUUGUGACCAAUUUUUAUUUUAUUUGUUUUAAGAUUCGUACCCAUCUUUACCUUUUCAUGAAACACGUGAUGGCUAAUGUAUUAAAAAUAUAAAACAUAUACAUUAAAAACAUGUGUAAAAUUACAGAAACAAUUUCUGGGGUGGGGUGGGGGAAGGAAAAGGAAAUCUCAUAAUAAGCAUGGUGAAGCCUUCCUAGAACAAGAAAAGUAUCUAAAAGAGUGGAAAAUAAAAAGAGGGUGAGUGAAAUAUCCUAGGGAACAGCAAUCCACAUUGUGGGUGCCAUGGCAGAAAAGGCCUUUUCUUUUGUUUCCACCUGCUGUACUUCUGAAGAUGAGAGGCCAUGAGGAACAGGAUCUCUCACUGAACAUAGAAGCUGAGUGGGUUCUUAUGGGAGGAGGCAGUCCUUUAGGUAUCUAUGAGUGCAGCCCAAAUCCCCACCCCUCUGGCAGGGCUUUGCAGAGCAGCAGAGCCACAGCGGCAUCCGCAGCCCAGCUGCUCACAGUGGUGGCAGCACACAUAUGGAUGGGGGGUAUGGAGGAGGAUUGAGCCUGAUGCCAUCAGGUGGUGGCAGCAAGACCAGCUCAAGAUCCAGCAGAUUCUGGGCCAAUUCAGCUCUACAACCUCCCUGCUCUUGGAACACCCAGGUUCUGGGGAUUUCAACUAGCCACUGCUGGUGCUGACACUGCCAGUGGGCAGUUACUCCAGUGGAAGGCUAAGCUCAGGCAUCAGUGCUGAGUCAAAAGGUAGCUCCACUCUAUCCAACCCCGCCAUGGCCAGGCCCAAGAGGGGUUUUGAUUGCUGUGUAAGCAAACCAUCAAUGGCUUUAAAGGCAAUAAUCAGCCCUUUGGAUUGUGCCUGGAAGCAAACUAGGACCCAGUGUACUUUGUACAAAAGAGGGGUUGCAUGUCCCGAAUAAACCAGCACCUGUUAAGUCUAGCUCCUGCAUUUUGAACUACCAGCAGAUGUUUCCAGGUAGCUCUGUGUAUGCAUUACAUUUAUCCAGUAUAGAUGCAACUAAGGCUGUGGCCAGAUUUAUUCCCUUCCUGUUCCCAUCUGGAAAUCUACUUGUCCAUAGGAGCCUUUGGUCAGGGCCUGUUCUCAACCUUCAUAUGCUGAGCCUGAGAAUAAAUAUGUGCCUAGGAAUUUAAAACCCUUCCAAAGCUUGCUCCCACUCUUCCUGGGUUCCUGCAGGGUGUAUGUAUCUUUGUCGUGGACACAACUGAGAAACUGGGAGUAAGAAGGGCAUGCCAGAAACUCUGACCUGCUUCAAGGUGAUAUACCAGUGGGGGUGAGGAGAGGAGAUGUACAAAUCCCUUGGUAUGAAGUGGGUGGGUGUGCUGUUGUGAAUGCAUGUAAACCAAAAGGUGCAAGCCGUAUGUGUGUGUGUGUGUGUACACACAGGGGAAUCGUUCUAAACAAUUGAGCUAAGUCUGCAGCUGAAAGAAUCUUUUGUGGAGAGUUUCAGUGUACAUUCAGUUAGUCUUUAUACAUGUUCAUCGGCAGAUAAUACAACUAAGCACACCCCGUUGAACCUGUAGUAGAUCACUGCAACACCCACCAACACCCCAAAGAUGUCCAGAGACAGGUACGUGGCCCUGUAACACAGUUAUUGCGAUGUAGAUUGGCACAGUACAUGAUGUGACUUUAAGAUUAUUGGACCACAGAGACUAGCAAAGAACACCAUUGUCCUAAGCAGUGAUAGUAGGUGACAUGGACUUUUACCCAUGAUUCCUGUGCUGGAUUUAUCUCCAAGGGAAAGAUGAGAAGUGACAGCAAAGGGACUCAUAGAUGGAACCCCAAACCCAGUGUGAAGCUCUUCUGUGAUAUGGCACAAAUACUUGUGUGGUGGUUUUAAAUGGAAAGACGCUCUCUUUCUUGCUUUAAGUUUGUUGUUGUAAAUGGUUUAAGGUAGAAUAAAGUCUUUGUACAUAUUUCCAGUUUAGAAGAAUGACUAAGCUUCCAUUCAGCUCAAGAUUUUUUAGCAAGGCUGGGUUUCCUGAGACUGACCCAUCCAGGAUUUAUGUAGCCCUUGCAGAACACGGUUGUUCUAGUUUGAGAUGUUUGAGCAUGUUCCUUCUGUGUUCUGGUCAUAAGUAUCUCCCAUUAAAAAUAAGCCACCCCCAAGAGCACAGUUUCACCCUGCAGUUUGGUGUCUGAUUUCCUGAAAUGUAAGACAUUUGUAUCUGCACGGAAAGCAUUUUCAUUCUGCCAACUGUAUUUUUCCUUCUUUGCAUUAGAAUGAAUGUAACUAACAAGAAUGAAUGUGUCUCCUUUGCCCUUUGCUUUUAUAUCUGACAUAGGAUUCCUAUCCUGCCUAUCCUGUCUAGCUCCACCUUCUGGCUGAAUUAGACUCUGUUGCUGGCAUGACCCUCAAUUUGCCUUUUGCAGCUGUGGUGGCAAGUAGGUUUUGCAGAGUGGGACUUACUGGUUCUAAGCUAGUAUUGCAUGCCGACUGCCCCCAUGCGUGGCAGCUUAUCACUGGACCAUGCCUUGUCCAUGUGUAGCAAUGGCAGCCCCCCAGACCCCAUCUGGUCUCUCCCCCCCCUUUCUCUGCACUUCCCUGCCAUGUUCUGCUGUCUCAUUCACGCCUCAUUGGGCUCCUUGGACAGUUGAUGCUCAGGAAACAGCUGGGGUGCUCGAAGCCAUAGUAGGGGAGGUGGUGAGGCUUAGCAUUCUAUCAAAAGCAGUAAAGACAACAAGAGCAUCCCUAAAGAACAAGGCAGGUCAGACUGAGUCCAAAAGGGGAGACUGAGAAACAAGUUCUUGGUGCCCCUAUGAGGAGCCCAAGUUGGAGAAAAUAGAAGACAUUUGUUGUGCCAUCUUAACUUCCCCUCUUUUCUGUUGCUCAUUGUUGUCACCAGAUGGUCAGCUCAGUGCAUGGUGACUUCAUAAAUGGUUACCAUGGAGAUGGCUUUGAUGACAUCAAGAGGAAGGGAGAGCAGCAGCAGGAUGUGGCAUGUGGUCCCUGGAGGAAAGGCAACCUGGGAUGGCUCUGUGGGAUCACAUGUCCCUAAAGCAGCUUCGCCAAUCUGGUGCCCUCCAGCCGAUGGGAUUUGUAGUCCAAAACAUCUGGAAGGCACCAGGCUGGUGAGGUCUGCACUAUUGGAUAGGCUUCCCUUUCCACUUGGAUAAGUUGUUGCUCUUUUCCCUUCGCCACUACCUCAAUCAAUUUUGGGAACCUUUGCAUCUCAAGAUAGUGGGAUAAAGGUUCAGAAAGUUAAUCUAAGCAUAUCUGGUUCAUCCACCCAAAGAGCCAGAACUGACCUAAGAUGAGGCAUUGUUAAAACAUGGUGGGGAUUAGGAUAUAUUUAGCAGCACUGCACAUUCACAGAGUGGAUUGCACCCUAAUACCACUGUGAUACAAAGUCAGAAGGUCUCAGUGAGGAAUGGAAUGGUUUAAGGCAAUGAGUGAUAGCUAGUUUUACUCAGUGUCUACUCUGAGCAAAACCCAGACUCACAUAUAGGAAAGUGUUUUACACCAGGUCAGUCCAUCUAGCUCAGUAUGGUCAACAAGGAUUGGCAGAGGUUCUUUAGGGUUUCAGACAGAUCUUUCUCUGCCUUGCCUGGAGAGGCCAGGAAUUGAACCUGGAACUGUAAGCGUACCACUGUGCUAUAGCCCCUCUCUACUGGAAGGAGAACCUGCAGGCAGGGGUAUUGCUGAACCCCAGGUUUUUUGCAAUAGGCUCUGGAUCGCCUACUCCUUUGCCUCUUUUUUGGGGGGGGGGACUUUUUAAAAACAAGUUUGCAUAUAGGACAGCUGGGCACACUGCAGAGUUCACUACCGGUGAACCCACUACCUUAGUCACCCGCUACCUUAGUUUCCCUUAAAUAUCUAUACAUUUAAGUUAGCAUAGGGAGAUUGAAUGCAAAUUUAUGUCAUGAACCCAUGUAUCCAGCAAUAUGCCUGCCUAAAGGUUUCCACUUAUUUAUUUAUUUAUUUAUUUAUUUAUUUAAAUUUGCAUACUGCUCUCUACCUGUAGGUCUCAGGGGAGUUCACAACACAAAGUUACAAUGUACAAAGCAAAAAAUUUGUAAGAAAAAUAAUCAAAGCACAAAAUAUAUGAUAAAAAUAAUCAAAACAAUAAACAAUUGUGAUGUACAGUAUAGACACUAAUAAACAAUACACUCCCCAACAAAAGCCCCUAAACAAUGCUCCAGCCCACCCACAAAUACAAAUAGAAAAUCCAAAUUAACAUAUAACAUUUAAAAACAAUUUGAAACAACCCCAUCCUCCCAAUAAAACAGCACCCAUCCAAGUUAAAACCACAUCCCCGGGAAAACAAUAACUUUAACACAAGGGGGCUGGCUCACACCCUCGUUCCACCCCCACAGUGCUGCCACCAAAGGGAUAACAACUCCCCUUUGCUGUUGCCCUUUGGUGUUGUGCCCCUUUCAGGGGCAGCCUUGCCGAGGGUGUCCCCACCCCCAGACAGGCAGGCUUCAUAGGGCUGCCCCAGCACUGAUCUUCCACCUGGGACCUCAAACCUACCAUCUUGUCAUAGUUCUCGGUAUUCUCUGAGUGGCAGAGCUAUCUGGCCAAGGCAUGGCUACAGAACACACACACACACAUCCAAGGGUGACAAGGAGAAAGAGAAAACUUGACUCUCACAAUCAAGCCUUCGACACCAGUCCAGGCCCAGUGCUAGUUAGCUAUAUCCUAAGCAGACUGUGGUGCUAUAUACAGGCCCCUGCAGAGGGGCAAGUGGCUGCGUACAGUUGCCAUUGACCUCAGAGGGCUAAGCUAGCUGUGGGGCAGGACCUACACUGCCAUGCCAAGAACUAGACUCAAGCCUGGCUACACACACACACGUACACGUCUCAGAGCUGUCUCUUUACAGCUCUGACUUCUUUUCAGCUCUGUGACUGGCUGGGCUUUUUGGGAUGCCCUACAACAGGUGGGUGCAGGCAGAAGUCCCUAUAAGGCCAGGGGUGUGUGCCAAGCCAAGACUUAAAUAGCUCAGCAAGGAAUACUGUAUGUGAGCACUGUGAAUGAGUUGUUAUGAAAUCUGUUUGGGCCCAGGAUGCCUGCCUCUGCAGACUCCAGCAAGACUGUAAUCCUGUGCCAGGUAUUACUGCCUCCAAGGAGCCGGGCCAGGCUGAAAGCACAGGCGCUGAGCCCGCACUGGGUUUGGGAGAGGCCAGUGGGGGGGGGGGCGGAAGCGGGUGGAGUCUCCUUCACUGCAGGAGUAAGAAGAACUUAAGCCCUUCCUGGCUGCCUUUCCUUCUUGGCGCCCGGCUGCUUGCCCAAGCGCUGUGGGGUCUGAGCCCAUCUGUGAGGCAGCCCCCCCCUUCUAGUGCUAGCUAAUUGAAAGGGAGGGGCAGUCAACAGCUGGAUGCUGCUAAUGAGGCCUCAUUAGGCGAGGUCAAGCUGAGCUGGCUCUUUCACCACACUGAGUGCCUGCUGGGCAAAUGGGAAAGGGUUGCACCACUAUUGGAUGCAAAGCGGAGCAAGAGGCCCCACAUGCUCCUUCAGCCCUGCACCCCAGAGUUCUCUCCAUUUCCAAAUGGAAUUGGGAAGUCAGGGUGGGGAUGUCAGAGUUGGGGAUGUUGGGGAGGAGCUGUAGCUCAGUGGUAGAACAUUUGCUUUGCAUGCAGAAGGUCACAGGUUCAGUCCCUGGGAAAGGUGGGUCAAGGGUCUGACUUGAUCAUAGAAUUGUAGAGUUGCAAAGGACCCUAAGGAUCAUCGCAAGUACUGCUGCAGCAGGAAGGUAAAUGGUGUUUCCAUGCGCUCUGGCUUAUGUCACUGUGUUUCAUUGCUCCAGAAGCGGUUUAGUCAUGCUGGCCACAUGACCUGGAAAACCAUCUGUGGACAAACGCCGGCUCCCUCAGCCUGAAAGCAAGAUGAGCCAUAGUUGCCUUUGACUGGACUUAACUGUCCAGGAGUCCUGUAGUCCAGCCUCCUGCAAUGGAGGAAUAUGCAACUGUCCCAAACAGGGAUCAAACCUGCAGCCUUGGCAUUGUCAGCUCUAACAACUGAGCUAUCCAGAUCUUGAUAAAUGAUAUACGGCAGCUUUCCAUGUUGCUGUGCAUGCAAGUCUCAGCUUCAGGUAAGCCAGAUCCCUGCCCGGGAGCUGUUUGCUGCAUCUCUACCUGAAGGUGCUUAUAGCUGGCUCCAUAGGCCAGUGGAUAUAAUGGGAACCAUUUGCAUAGAAAAGGUACCCAGUUCAGUCCCCAGCAUCUCCAGGUAGAGAUGGAAAAGUGUUCUGGCUGAAACCUUAAAGAGUUGUUGCUAGUUGAAUGUAGACACUACGCAGCUAGAUAGACCAAUGGCCUGGCUUUGGUAUAUGGCAGCUUCCUAGGUCCUGGUUCAGUGGGAUCUGAAUACUGAAUGCUGGGAAGGAAUGAGCCACACUUGGAAAAUGAAGUACAUCCAUAACCUCUCAAGAGCAAUUCCACAAAGGACCCUUGGAAAGCAAAUGGAUAUGGGCUGUACGACAGGGAUAGACCUCCAGGCUCAUUUUGCUUGGUUUAGCCAUGCUGGUCAAAUAUAUCCUGACACUGCCUUGCACCCUCCAGCUUCAUUUGUUUGUAGCCUGAAAGCAUGAUGUGGAAUUUGCUGGGAUUCCACGCUCUUUCUUCGUUCCCUCUGAGUCUUUACCUCAUUCCCGUUUGUUCAUCGUUUACCAAGUACACUUUCUGCAGUGGGACAAAUAGGCUCAGGGGAAAUGCUUUGAGCGAGAGGAGUUGCAUGCUGCCUUUCACAGCAGUUCUGCCCUGACCCAAUCUUUAAUGAAAACCAAAGCACUGGAAGAUCCGACUGCAAAUCUCCCAGAUAACAUGAUGAGCUUUCCUUGUGUACUGUAGGUUAUCACUUGUUAGGAGGAACCACCUUUUGUCCAUGAGAGUGGAGACUAGGCUGCAUGUGCACCAUACAUUAAAAGUAGCUCAUGAAAGGUGCUGGGAAUCGCAGCUCUGUGAAUAGAUAAACUAUGAUUCCCAGGAUUUGGUGGUGGUAGGGUGUAUACAGCCUUAAUAGCAGAGGAAAUGGGUGAUCCUAGGUCCUUCUGGGAGUGUGGGCUCCUCUGUGUGUGUGAGAGAGGGAGAGAUUGCAGCAGUAGAGGGGAGCCAUGUGGCUGGGUAUAGAAUGUUGGCGGGUGCUGGGCAGCGCGGUGCUGGGCACUGGGCAGGCGGGGGCAGCAUGGUGCUGGGAGAACUGAGCUGAGAGUAAUGCCAAGUUCAUGAGGGAGAGGCAAGCACAUUAUCGCCCCAGUAGCAGCGGGGCUGGAUGUGAAGGAGGCAGCAAACAGCCACAGCUCUAGCAACGCCCCAGGAUACCGGGAAUGAGCAGCCAAGGGGUUCCCUGCCCCCAAGAGCAGGUCAGUGGGGAAUCUUCCCUAAAGCCCUAAAGUGAGGGGGAGGGGAGGGAGCUUUUUCCGAUGGGGGAGGAAGGAUUUGUGUGAGUGUGUGUGUGAGUGUUCAAGUUCCACAAAGAAGCGAGGGGGUCCUGUUGCUGCGGCUGCCACAGCAAGUUUAAAAAGGGGGUAAAGGGGAGAAGUUAAUGCCGGAGACUCAAUGAAAGCUGGUAACCACACUCUCUCAAAGCCUCUUUGUGCUGGCUCCCGGGGAGACAGCGCAAAGAGGUGAGGAAUUGCCAGGCUCAAUGUGGCUCAGGCAUCACUGCCAGGCUGUUUCUCAUGAGGGUGGAGAUGCAUAAAACACUUUGGGGGCUCCAGCCCAUAAACAUACAGGAGUGCAGAAAGGGGGGGCUGCUGCUUGGCUGCCGUUCCAUCCGCUUUAUGAAGCCAGAAAGUCUGCAUUUAAGGUUGGUUAUGGUUGUAGGUGUGAGUGAAUAAACUUUUGUGGCUGCACAUGUGCAUUAUCCCCCCCGCUGGAGACUUCAGUAAGGUGGCCUUUUUCUUUUUGAGAGCUCUAGCCCUUGCUUUCUUGUAUUGCUCCCUUCCAUCACCUUAUGGUGUGUGUUGUCUGGUAGCAGGAAAUGCUUUCCAGCACUACUCAGGCCCUACACCUUUGGGGUCACCAUUGUACCCUCACAGCUUAUAUACAUUAAAUUCCAUUUGCCAGCUGGAGGUGUGGGGAGCUGCUGUGUUUCCCCGUGGCCUCUAGAGAGAGCCAGAGAACAGAAUUUACUGCAUGAGGGGCUGUAAAGACCAUGUAGCUAUUGGUAACUCCACUUCCUGCACACUUUAGCACAGGGGUGGGGAACCUCUGGCCCACGGAGCAAACUUGGCUCACCAGAGGUUCAAAUAUGGCCAUCCACCCCAGCUGCCCCACACCUGAUGUCAUAUAUGACGUUAGGUGCGGGGCAGGUAAGAUGCAUCUGCCAAUGCACAAUCAGGAACCUUGAAGUGCACUCCUUGUUGUGAAUUAGCAAGGGAAAACAGGCUUGCCCACCACCAAUUUGUGGAUCGGAAGCCUGCUGGAUUGGCUGCAUGUGGUGCUUUGAAGUCAUAGCUUUGAGACCUCAAAGCACUGAUUUCCUUGUGCAGUCAGGUGAUUGACAGGUGGGAAGCCUCACCCACCUGUCAAAUUUGGCCUGUGAGGCUAGAUCAGAUCCUGCUAAGGAUCUGGCCCAUGGAGCCAAGAAGUUUCCCCUCACUUUUCUUAGUAACACCUGCCCAGAACUUUUGAUGCUCUGUGUGGAGUAAAGGGGAAGUUUCAGACACUGAUGCACUGAUUGCACUGCUGGGACAGUGUCUGUGGUCAGGGGUUUGGACAAGGAAUUUAUCUGAGCCUUUGAACAGAGGCAUUCCUGAAACAGAUUGCAGGAUACAUGCUCUCAGUAACUUUUUAAAAGUGAAAACAACUAAAAGCAAGAAGAAAAGGCAUCAACAAGGCCAGCCCUACCAUUAGACAGAGUGAGGUGACUGUCUAAUUUACCAGGUGCUGGGGUGCAAUGACAGCAGCCCCUUGGGUAUUCCUCCUGGUGAGUUCCCGGACCAUACCAUUUUGUUGAGGACAAUGCUGCCUUGUGACAUAUCCUGCAACCACAGAAGUAGUCUGCUGCCCUCAGGUAUGGUGGACACUAUACCAUUGCUAGUAUUGAAAUAAGAUUUAAAUGCUAGUCUAGUUGGCUUCUGUACAUGGAAUGGUGAGAUGCCCUUUUGUCUUUUGCCAAAGGCAGCAAAAUGUCUUGCAUCAGCCACAAGCAAACAAUACCUUUAUAUGCAUGGCUUUCAACACAAAGUAUAGUAUAGGGUGAAUAGUCAUAUUUUUGGUGAUUUGUCAGCAGUAAAUUUAAAAGAGAGGAAAUUGAACCUUUUAAAAAUUGUAUUAAUACUGACUUGGUUAUACUAUCAUUUUCACAAGAGAUAUCAAUACUAGCAAGAAACUUCAAAUACUGGAAGCCAGCUGCAAUUUGUAAGUUCUGCAACUUGGUUUGCGGUAAGGGGAACACAGCAUUUUUGCACUUCUAGAAGAAGUCCCACAGCCAGCAAGAAUGACUUAAAAAAAUGAAAAUCGCGUUCAGUUCCCUUAGUUUUGGAUGUACCAAGAAAUAUACUAUGAAACUUUAAAUGAAGUAUCAGAAUGACUACAAGUACAAAAGAAAAAUCAACUCAUUAAUUAAGAUUAUUGGGGGUGGGACCUAUUACUGUUUUUUUCUCAUAGCACUUUGGAACAGGUUUCAUAUUUUUAGGAAAGAUAUCUAGGAACUGUCUCUAAAAAACGGAACACCAACUUCACCAAAUCUCAACACCUGCAAGCAAAUGUAUUGCUUGCAUCACAACCAGAGCCAUCGUGUUUAGGAUACCCCCUCCUCUCCCUUCGGCAAAGACUUUUGAGUUUCCAUUGCUACUUUUUUGUGAAUCAGUCUUGACUGCACCCUUCCGAAGGCAAGAGCCUAAACCAGAGAUGGGGAACCCAGGAGUGGAUCUGCUACGAAACUAAUGAAAUUUAAACUUCAGGGCCCUUAAUCCCAGAGGGGCCCCAGAAGCAACUUUCAUCCACAUUGCUUUUUUUUUUUAAAAAAAAAAUGGGUCUAGUAGACUCAAUUUGAGUUGCAUGGCUCAAAUUGAUUAUUUAUUUGUUUUAGUAUAUAUUUCUCAGACUUUUGAGAGUCAGUAGCACGGAUGUUGUAAAGAUUGUAAACAACCCAACUGAAGAAGAUAACAGUGGUUAUCCAGACCUAAUUGCUGGUUGCAAAGGGGCUCCCAUAACAGUUCAACAAUUAAGGUCUGCCACUGGGCCCUCCAAAUAAUUGCUGCACUGCAACUCAUCUCUGACCAUUGGACAUGUUGUCUGGGGUUGAUGGGAGUUGUAGUCCAGCAUCUGGAGAGCCACAAAUUGCCUGUAUGUGGGCUAAACCUUGACUAAGUUAAUCCCACCUACCCAAAAUCCUGGAUGGUCACAGUAGGACCAUCUUCCAACCUGACUUGUGGGGCUCCGAUACUGCAGUCGAUUUCCUUGCUGUUGCACUGAAGGUGAUAGCUACCAAAGCUGAUCUGUCCCAUUUAAAGGAAGUCUGAGGCCAGAUGGAUAGUGGUUGCAGUUUGUGUAUGGGUUGGAGUGAGGAGAGUUGAGCGCUGCGUCCCCGGCUCACUCCUUUAUGCCUCUUUUAAAACCUCAGUUUGCCUAUUUAUUUUUAUCCUGCAUUUGAUGGGUUGAUGCAUAGAUUUAAUCAGGUCAUAUGUUUUACCCUCAGUUGCUUUCUGUAGCAAUUUAAGGUUCAGCCUGGGUGCCAGAUGGAGUCCAAACCGUUGUUAUAGUCAGUGAAGCAGACAAAUAAUUUCCGUGAUUAAAAAGAAGUUUGCUCAUCAGUACAUGAAGGGAGGGAGGGACAUCACAAUUGGUGACUUCUUUUGCAGUGUGGAGCAACAUUUCCUUUCAAAGGUUUACCCAAAGUGAGAUUUCUGAUUUGAUGAACUUGCUACAGAUCAUACAGGUGGUUCUGUAGCUGCUUUGGGGUUAUGGGUUGCAUAAUGAAUUCAUCCUGCUCCCAGCUCAAAACUAUGUUUGAAUUGCGCUGGGCCAAAUGCAAUUCAAUGUCACCUUGUAGAGCUGUGUGUGUAUAUAGAACUUGUGGUGGCAUAACUCUUAUUUUUGGAUGCACAACCUCAGUUCCUUAUUCUUUUCUACCUGUUUUGGCUAUUCUUGGCAUGCUGGACAGUGCUACUUUGAUUUGCUGCCUCUGUCCAUUCAACAGGCUCCCUUUAGUUCAACAUCCAUUAAACCAUACAGUAUUUUGAAUUAAGAGGGUGGUAAUAAAAGCAAAUAAUGUAUGGAGGAAAUAUAUAGAAUAGUGUUGAGGUAAGCUUACAGAGAAGCACCAGAGUGACAAGAAUCAUUAGCUGAAAGCUCCAUCACAGGGUGUGAAUUUGAAGAGCAAUUUAGGGGUGGCAGAUUUUCUCCAAAAUAUGCUGCCCCUGGGCCCUAACUUUAAGAGCUCUAGCCCCUGAACUGGCAGGUGGGAAAGUGCCUCCAAGAUGGCACCAAGGAUGCACAUGGCAAGCAAGGUUUUUUUUAGUCAUCCAUCUAGGACAACCUUCCCCAAUCUGUGGCCCUCUGGAUGUUAGUAGACCAUAAUGCUCACUCUCCUGACCAUGGGCCAUUCUAGCUGAGGCUUAUGGGAGUUAUAGUCCCACACAUCUGGAGGAUAGCAGGCUGAGGAAGGCUGAUUGAUCUAUGUAAUCUUUUUUCCAAAGUGCCACCAUCCUAUAGCAAUUCCAGAGAAGGAUGAGGUGGAGAAAACAUCCCACCUGGGAAAGCAGCAUGUCUCUUCCAUCCCCGCAAUUUAUUGCCUAGCACCAUUUUGGAAGUGCUGCUUCCUACGCCAAAAGGAUUCAGGUUUGGGGGCAAAUGAAAUGAGAAGCGCCCCCCCCCCCCCGUGCUCAUACUUAAUAUGUGUUGGAGAAGGAGAAAAUCUAUAGAAUGAUAGUGAAUGCAGUCUAAAGGUUGUAGCAAAAGAAGGCAAAGAAAAGAAAAGAUCAGCCCUGUCCAUCAAACACUGAAUAAUAUUUAAUUUGAUGCUUGGAUUCACUAUUCUUAAUGUUAUCUUCUCACUGGCAUAAUAAUCCACUCUUUCAACAUCUCCUGAUUCAGGCAUCUCCCUCCAAUUAAAUAUACUUUCACAUAUUGUGUGAAUAGCAUCUAUUAUGUUAUUUUAUUUUAUUACACUUAUAUCCCUCCUUUCUUCUAUCAUGGGAUCCAAGGAGGCAUGCAUGUAGUUCUCAGGCAAUCCAGCCACAAACCUGUUUAGCAUCAGCCAAGUGGUGACCUCCUGUGCCUUCAGAACACACCUGGGUAGCAGCACCUCUGCUGGAUGUCCCAUGUGACUUUUACUAAAAUGUUUGGGCUUCAGACUGAAGCAUAGAACCCUCAAUAAGGUAAGAAAGGUCAUCUCCCCUCUGACCCAUUGUAUAUUGAGUACAACACUGAUUCAAUGCAAUAAAGGUGCAGUAUGUGAAGGUGAUCAUGGGAGCCCUUUGACCAGCACGGCUGGGGGAAUUGGGAAAAGCUUUUCUGGUAAUAUCUGCUGCUUCCUCUUUUCCUCCUGACUUCCACUAGAAUAUUUAGAAACAUACACGUUGUGCAGCUCCUAGCCUAGGAUGAACAUUCUGUGCCCAGUCUCUACCCACUGGCACUCCAAAAUGAUCUUCCCUGUUCCCUUUGGUACUGAGGGCAUCAUGUUGUGAACAGCUUGACUCCAGCAUGCUCUAGGCUUCUUGUUGUUGAUAUAAGCUGAGCAGCUAGUUGUCUUCUUGCCUGCACUGCCCCAGAGUUGGAGGCUUUGUGGGGUAAUGAGUGGGGGUCAGGUGAGGCUCCAGUUGACUCAAGCAGUGAGUGAGCUGGGAUCAAAAGAGGGAUUUCCCUUGGCUCCUAGCUAAGCCUUCCUUGCCACCUGGCUUCUAGCCCAGACCUGCUUCUCUUCCUUCACCACCGCAAGGGCAGCAUGUCCCUUGGGAACCACUUGCCGGAAGGGGCUGUGCAGCUGACAGGAGCUUCUCUAGCAUAAAUCCUGUUGCCUGAUUGAAGCCUCCUUCUGGAAGCAGCCCAGUGGCCUUACAAGCUCAGCCAUGAGGCCCACCAGUUGAGCCAACAGGUGAAUUAGCAUAAGAAAGGUAGCUCUUGCCAGGGAGUCCUGAUGGAUGAGCAUGAGGUGGUAUAAGAACUUCCUUCCCCUUCUCAUGCCUAUGAAAUCCUGCUGUGUCUCUAGGAGAAACCAUGGGUGACUCUCUGAUCUGUGUCAUCACUUGGGUCAAAUUCAGUAUGUAUUUGUACCACAUUUGCUAUGCAACGGAGGGCUCGUCUACACUUCCGCACUUCCGCUUGUCCCAUGCCUGGAAAACAUGGGUCUGAGUGGUUUUGCCUGUGCCCCACAACUUCCUGAAAGCCUUCUGCUUAGUGCUAAAUCAGAGCAAAUGUCAAUCUGGACAAAAACCCAACUGAUUUUUGCUCCAAUUCAGCAGUAAAGAUUGGGUUUCCCCGAGGGCAAGCAGCAGGGCAUGUGGAAGUGUGAAUGAGUCCUGACUUGAUGGGUGCAGGUAGGAGGAUGCAAAAUCAUGCAUAUAUGUGAAUAUAGAUGCACACACACUUUUUCUUGAAUUCACCAGCAUUGUAAGUAAAAAGUGAAGUUUGUGGUACUUUCCCCUUUUGUGCUUUGUUAGAGGAAGAAGCAGGUUAAUGGCAUCCAUGGGGAUUCAGGGUAAAUGGCUCCCCUAGUUCUGCCACCUCAAACUAUUGCUCAGGAUCAGUUCUAACAUGGCUCCGGCUGAAUAUGAAAACAUUUGCAGCAUUUGCUUUUGUCCAUUGAGGCAUUGGUAUUUCCGCAAUAGUCACAAAUAGUGAGGAAAGGUAUAGUACUGCACUCAUAUGGGGAUAGUGGCAGCACCAGGAAGAAUCUAUAUUCAGGAGCGCACCAGGGAUAAAGAGCCUUCCUGGGGAGGUGAACAUUUAAAAAUGCAUUUCCCCCCUCAAGUAACCACAACAUUUCAGUAAUGGGAGAGAGGCAAGCUAAAUGUCCGGAGAAUGGUGACUGUUUGCACUCAUUCCUGGUGCACUGCCUAUGUGGGGAGGAAAUCCAGGCUUAACAAACAGCAUUUAAGGAGGGCUCACAAUUCUGCCAGAGGGAGAAUUUGGUAGAAACCCGUGCUUCCACAGCAGACCAAGAACUUGGUAGCUUUCAUCAUGAUUGUCUGGCACGUAAGGUGAACUUUGUGAUACAUUUAUACCUGCACAAAAGCAUCUUGCACCAAUAUAGUGUGAUGAAAUAGCUGCACCAUGUCAGUACAGGAGGCCCCUGUGCAUACAUACUGAAACCAAGGACAUCACAGAGCUUUAAAGAGAAAUUGCAGUGUAAAACCACUGAAUUCAUCAAGAGGUUCAGUGCUAUAAUUUGUUGACUGAAUUGGAAAUUUGGGACAAUGUUUAUUUGUUUAUCACACUCUGCGUGCUACCUAGUUUACAAAUGUCAGGGUUUCUGUGUUAUCAGCAACAACUGUUUUGUAAAUUACCACUGUUAUUUACACAAUUUAUUACUACCUCUGGCAUCAGCAUUUGCAAUUCUUCAACCCCCACCAAUAACCAUGUGAAGAUAUACUUGCAACUUUAUGUACUUGAUGAAAUCAACUGUAGUCCACAAACGUUUAUGCCGUAAUUCUCUUUAUUAAUUUGUUGUCCUUUAAGAUGCCACAAGACCCUUUUGUUGUUGUUGCAAUAGGCUAAGACAGAUACCACUCUAGAACUGCCAAGUACAAAGUCAGAACAGAAGCUUGGAAUCAUAAACUAAUAAUGAAAGUGUGUGUGUCUGCCUACCAGCUUGUUUUAGACUUUUCAUUUUUAUCCCACUUACGGACUUUAAUUCAGUACUACUUAAGUUAUUAAACUGGUGGCAUCCAAACCAUGAUGUCCAAACUAAGAAACUGUGGUUUGAAUGCUCCCUACAAACCAAGAUAGCAGUCCAUGGUUUGUUAUCCUGCUUGACAGGGAUCACUCAAAUGAUCAUUUCCUAGUUCAUAUAUUGUUGGAAACUCAUUCAGGAAACAAGGAAAUGUUGAAUUAAGGAAGAGAAAAGGAAAGAGGCAGGAGUCUGUGUUCUCAUAGCUUAUUCUUUGGUUUGUUGGACCAGGGUUGUUGUUGCUGCUGCUAUUUUUAAAUUUAUGAAUCACUUUCUUAUGUCUGAUCCAAAUGGAAUCCUCUUCCACAAGUAUAGAAAGGUGUGUGGAACUUUCCCCCUAGAAGCUGGUGUAGCUGUUCCUUCCCCUAUUGGGUUAACCUCUUGCUGCCCCUAGGAAUACCCAGCAACUCAUUCUUCCCCAGGGUCCCAUACAUGGUUCUUCUCCUAUUCCACCCCCCUCCAGGAGGUUCUUAUGCCCUUGGAUCUGGAGCAUGAAUGAGCUGCUGGAUGCUUCCUGAGGAUGCUUGACAGGCCUUGGGUGGGAAUGCGUGAGCAGGCUGUAUUGCUGCAUGCCCUGGCAAUGUAAUGAGAGCCUGUUACAGGGGAGUCCUGCUGGCAAAAUGGGGAAAAACAAAAUAAUGUUAAAAAACAAAAUAAUGUAACCAUGGAGAAACAGUGCUCUUCUAUACAGUAACUACCAGCCCUUGUUUCUGGAAAGUUCUGUAUAAAAGUAUUCAAGUAAGUGACUUUACACAUAUGUAUAGAAAGAAUGCCAAACAGAAUAAUUAACAUCACCAUUGAAAGCUGCAUGACCAUAUAUGCUCCUAGGUAGUAGUAUAAAGCUGAGGCAGAAUUUAGUAUAAAAUAUGUUUUAUACUUUAUUUAAAGCACUGGUUUAAAUCAGCCCUUGUUCUUGGAGGAUAUCAUUAUAAAUCUACCCAAACAGUGAAACAUUCUGUCUGUAUGCGACAGGUAAAAUUGCUGCCACCAAUAUAUGAUUUGGCCAGACCCGCCAAAUACCUGUUUUCUUGCCAAGACAGUUUUCCUUCAUGAAAAGUCAACUGAUUUAAUUUCUGACCCACUGUGGGAGCUAAUUCACAUGUCUUCCUCUAAUAAGGGAAUGUGUGAUCCAUUCCUGCCCUGCUAUAGCCACUGCUUGUCUUGGCUGCCCAAAAAUGGCAGGGUUGGUAGUUUCUUCCAGUAGGUGACAGAAAGGCAAUGGUAACGGAGGAUUAGCCUCGGUACUCACCUCCCCCUAAGAAGUAGUAACAGAAGCAGUGGAGGACCGAUUCCCUGCAUUUGUUUGCAAAGAGUGGCUUGAUCCUAACAUGCUAAGAAGCAGCAGUGUAUGCUGGGAGUUGCCCAAGUCAAUGGGCCACUUCCAUGAGUUUCACUCCAGCCUUCUCUUUGAGUUCCUGUUGGGAGUUCUCUGCCCAACAGACCACCACGUGGCCAGAGUGAACUGAGCUCCCAUUAAUUAAGCAGAACAGAAGCCUCAUUAGCGCUCGCUUUGCAAUUCAAGUUGGAUUAGGCUACUCAGAGUGAGCAGCAUGCUUUAAGAAGUCAGCCAUGGAGGAUCUGACCUGCAGCCAACUACAGUGCUGCCCUUACUCUUGAGAUGCUGCUCCUUUGGCCAUGGGAAACUGUGUACCAGCUAGGACAGCUGAACUGGUAGGACAAACUAUGACCAUUUUUCUUCACAGCCUAAUGGUGUAGAGUCAUUCUUUAAUGUCAAGCUGACGCAAGUAGAAUAUAAAGGAUAGAGGCAGUUGUGUUGUGUGAUACCCUGGGGCUUCAUGUUACAGUACUAGAACAUCAUAAACUGCUACCCUAUUCAUAAACAACCACCCAGUUCACUGUUACUGACCUUCUUGAGUAAAGGAACUUCAGAGGGAGACUUCCAGCUUGAAACUGCUGAACUGUAAUUUAUGAAAAGUUCAGUUCUCUCACCUGUGCCAGAAUCGAGCAACAGUAGCUCAUCUUACCACAUUGUUAAUUAGUUUACUAAUUAUUAGAGAGAGGAUGUGUGUGUUGGCCAUACACAACGAUUUGUAUAGCGAUUUGACAAAGUUUUAGUGUAAAAACAAACAAACGUAUUCAUGGUAUAUUUAUUUCUGGGCAGUUGUGAACAGCAGUCAACUUUUGUUCUUGGCUUUACAUUUUUGGUUUAUUUCAUGGUAACAAAUCAGAACUCCGCUUCCAACAGCAUUAUUGUGGCAUGCAGGCACAGCUGAUAUACAUACAUGCACUCAGAGAGAGACCCCCACCACCACAGCAAAUGCAGGAUAACGCUUCAUGCAUCUGAUAAAGUGGACUCUAUUCCACAGGUCUUUGAGAUGCCGCAAUAUUCUUGCUGUUUUUGCUGCAACAGCCUGACAUAGCUACCGCACCGUUAUGACUCCUUAUGGGGAAGGCUACCAGGCUGUGUAUCCAAUUCCUUGCAAAGUGCUGUGUAGCCAGGCUGGCAACCCCAUUAACUGUGCCAGCGAACGUGCCACGCGGUCACAUGUGGCUGCCGCCUGAACAUCUCGUCCCGAGCCCAUGCUCAGGGAACAUGAAUGGCCGCAAGCACCCGGCAAGGACUCGAUCAAUGCAGAAGGAAUGGGGGGCAGAGCGGGAGGGGAGCUGGGAACGCACUCAUUGCUUGAUUUACAGCAUCUGGACUCCCUGCUUCCGCGGGUGAGAGAAAGGGAGGGGGUGCUAGCACUUCCUCUCUCUGCCCCAGAUUCCCUGCUGUGCCCUGGUGAAAGGCCUAUUGGUCUAAGUGGAAAAGCACUGAGGAGCCUCUGCUGUCAAUUGUGUCACACAUCUUACAAAGCCAAAGAAAGAAGCUUCCUUCAGGUGGGUACAGCCCCAGAACCUUAAUAGGAAACUUGCCACGAAAGCCAGGAGUGGAAUAACCUGUUAUUGCGCCAAUAUCCUCAGAUUGUCUUUGUGGGGACUCUUUGAGAUAAAAUUACACAUACGCCAUCAUCCAAGUGGGCUGGAGCUGCUAGCCCAGGUCUGAUAUGGUGAGAUACCUGUCUUUUUAUCAGAAUCCACUGAACGAACAUUUAAUUCUUCCGACACACUCCACUGCUGACCUGGAAGCUGCUUCUCUUCAACAUGGAAAUGUUAAAGAGAGAUGUCAGCAGCUGAAAGGACUGAAUCAGAACUUAUUAAGAAGUUUUCUUGUAUCUGUUUGGGCAUAAAUAGACACAGUGGUUCCUGUCCCAGUACAGUUUGCUAAUUAACAAUGCUAGGAUGGUUGUAUUUUUACUAGUUACUGCUGUUGUGAAUGCUGCUGCUCUUCCCAUCCCCAUUUAAGUUCAAUUCAGUCUUUGCAUGUACUUUUUGCAUUUUAUUGCCAUUCCGCUCCACUGGUUGUCCUUUUUCUUCUUCUUUUUGCUAUGCGCAGUGUGAGUGUGUGGUGUAUUUACAGUACCAAAUGAGGAUAAUACUUAGUGUCGUAAUAAAUUGGUUCAGUCUUUAAGAUGCCACAAGGCACUUUGUUGGUUUUGCUGCAACAGAUUAACAGAACUGCCCCUCCAGAAGCUGCAUUUAUGCAGUAACAGCUUGACUGUAUCUGGAGGGAGAAGGCUGUUUGGUUAAGAGUAGCCACCCAUAUUAAAGACCCCAUGUGACAGGGCUGGUUUAGCCUUCAGCCAAAAGGCACCAAGGGAAAGUUGCUGGCAAUGCUCAGGCCAUCAACCUUAUCCCCCUCUAAGCAAACCAUGCAAGGUUAUUUGCACAUACCUAGAUGCAUGUAUACACAUGUAUAUGUGCAGGUAUGUAACAGUUACACACAUACUUUUCUGUAAACAAGCAUGCAGAGAAACCUUGGGACAAAUAUGCAUAAAUACAUGUAUCUCACUGCUAGUCUUGGAACGCUCUGGGGCUCUGUUCAUAUUCUGUUUCUCAUUUCAGAAUUGAUGGAGGAGAGGCAACAUCUGUUAAAGGUUAUAUUGUGCUACAGCUCUUCAAAAGUGCCAGAUUCUCUGCCCCUAAAACACAAACAUCCCCCAUAAGAGCAGCCCUUGGAACUGCUGGGUCAAACGUUGCCAUGAUGCAGGAUUGUCUCUUGGCCUGACUCCCUUGUCUUGCAACUAUGGUUGGGGUGCAUUCUGUGUGUGCAAAGUGUUUGCUGACUUCCCCUCUUUGCAUUUGCCCCUCCAAGACUCCACUUAUCGUGGGGAAAUGACUUCAAGCCUCCCUUGUGUCAAGGGUGGAUGUGAAGAAUACAGAGAAAGAUUGGGAUAAGGAUAUUAGGAUGUGGUAUUACUCCCUGCUUGCCACUGGCAAAUGUAUACCUUUGUACAUACCAUACUUUUAAAACACCCCCCCUAAGGAUAAUGGGAAUUGUAGUUUGCCCCUCAUAGAGCUACACUUCUCAGUACCUUUAACCAACUACAGCUCCCAGGAUUCUUUUGGGGUGUGUGUGCUAUAAAUGUAUUGUGUGCGGUCUUUUCUUUGGAGACAGGUUGUGUGCAGGGUCUCCUUGUCCCUUGCAGAGCAUGAAGAUCCUUGGAGGUGAUCCUUUAGGUUGCUGCCGAGUCCCCAUGAUGCCACAAUCCCCACUCCGGCUUCCAUGGCCAGGGCUCACAGCAGAGGUCACUUCUAGCAGGCGUGGCUCUCCCGUACCCUGCCAGUCCCCCCAGUUAGCGCAGCAGAUGGCUCCUUGGCAGCUCUGUGCCAGAGCGGCUGCUGGCUCUAAUUGAAUGACACGGUUAGGUGCACAACUCGCCGGCUGCCAGCCCCCUCCCAUCCCAGUGGCAGGAGGCAAAGCUGAAACGACGGCUUCCAUUUGCUGAGUGCUCACAGCAAUUGUUUGCGAUCAGCGGGCAGCCACGUGCGCCUACGUGGAGUGUGCUGCGUGCACCAGAGGGAGAGCAAAGGAGGUGCAUCCACAGGAGAGGCUCCUGCGAAACGCUCCUGCUGGCAGCCUGUUCAUCUCGGAGCUCCCGAGAAGUAGUGGGGCUCAGGGAGCAACAUCCUCCCCAGCAAAGCAUCCUGGAACAUGGGGCAGGGGCAGGCUGCUGCUGGAUCCCCAGCCAUGAACAGGAGGGCCCACAGAGGCCAAGAGCUCCUUUCCUAGGACACCCACUUUUCCUUUACAAUACCCUUUUUUCUCCUUCCUGUAGUAAAGCUGACCUAUCUCAUAAGCACUCAAGUGCAGCACCCUCUUCCUAACACACCAGCAACUGGAGGGAUCACUGGCUGGGUGUGAGGUGCAAACCGCAGGAGCCAAUGUGAGUUUCUCAGAAAAUAAAAGGAAAUGCUUUAGACCCUCAUGAGAAGCAGCAGCAUUGGGUUGGGGAGGUUUAAACCCAGGGUUGGGGAAACCUGUGGCUGAACUACAAACCCCAGCAUCCCUGGUUGAGGAUGGUGGGAAUUGCGGCCCUGCAGUGUCUGGAGGGCCACAAGUUUCCCUGCCCCUGAUUUAAACAGUCAAGAUGCAAAAGCUGCUAGCACAGGGCUGAUCAUCCAUCCGUAUAACCAAGGGAUUCUAGGAUGCGCCAGCUGCAACGCCCUGCUCCCAAUCUUUGCUUAUUGGCAGAUCACUCCUUCAACUGGAAAGAAACAGCUCUGUCAUGGUUUAUUUAAUUGCUUAUGAAUAAUAGGUGAAAUAUAUUGACAUUUGCAAUGAGAUUAUACAGAAUAUAGUAGAUUAUUAAUAACCAUAUAUGUAUCUAGACAACAAUAGUACUGAUAUAUCUAUAUGUAUGGUAGUGUAGCUGAUUAUAUUUAGUGUAUCCUAUGUCUUUUCUUAUGUUUUAAUUUUUUUGCUUUUUUAUUUGUACUUCUCUCUCUCCCUUCUCUUUUAUCAGUUUAUUUUCUCUAUAACUGAAAUUUUCUUAAUAAGAUGUUAAUAAUUUUCCAAGUGGCAGUUGAUAGAGGAGAGUCUUUGCAAAUUGCUGAUCCAACUUACUUCAAAUUCUGAUUUACCCCUCAAGUAGGUAGGCAAGCGAACUAACGAUCACUUAAGUCUCGUGCAGGAGAACUGAACCCAGAAGCAUCUUCAGGUGAUGUCCCAUCUCUCAGUAGGAGGAGGGGGCAAGGUACAGGCAGUAGCCGCCAGAGAAAUAUUGCUCCAGAGCACGGCCAGAUGUGCCCCAUCCGCUCUAAGCGAAGAGAAGCCAGGCUUUGUUGUUGACACAGCACAUCUCCCGUUCCUUUGAUCUGAAGGCUGCCAUUGUUAUCCUUGGGCAGUACAGGGAACUGGUGGUGCCAGGAUGGAGCUAGAUGCACAAAAGCUCCAUUUUUGUCCAGCAGAAAGCGGCUGCGCUUGAUGAUAGCAUCCUGUCCUGUGUGGUGCUUGGGCUUCUUCUGUGUGGGGCUGAGUGCUUCCAGCCACUUGGAAGUCGUACUGUUCCAAAGGUAGCUCAGACCUUGGCUCUGUCAACGCUGCGGCAAGUAGCCUCUGUUCUUCCCCCUGCCCCUUAGGGGAUAGAGAAAUUGGGGGCAUGUCUAAGGCUUGGGCUAGCAUUGGACGCAUUCAGAAGGGGAACUCUAGGGUGAUGGGCCAAGAUUUUUUAGUAUCAUUUAUUUUCUCUGACAGACCUUAAAGGACUCGGUAUGAUUAAGGAGGACUGAGGCUCCCUCUCCUGGUGAUAUUCUUUUACUACAGCCAAUAACCAGCCUUUGUCACAGAUAGACACACCGUGGGCACUUCCUUCCAGAUGACCUGUUUACUAAGCAUUCGCCCUGAUUUGUUUGCAGGGAGAUAACAUUGGCUAUUUAAUGACCAUUGGUUCGGAAUUGUUUUUGGGGAGAUUAGAUGACAUUGCGUCAAAGCAAGUGUUUCUCUCCCCACCCUCUCCACUCUCUAGUGCAUUCUUCCCACCAGUUUCCAGUCUUACAGGGAAGAAGCUGGCUUGUCACACAAGUUAUAACUGUGCAACCCAAAUUUGCUGGUGCAUAUGUUGUUUUUGGCCCCAGAUGGGGGUGGGGGUGGAACAGGCUUACAUGUGACCGCUGACAUGCGCAGUGACCCGGAACUCAAUCCUCAUGCAAACGGGGAGUUGCCUGUAGUCCGUUUACCAUUAUAUGUUCUUAAUAGAACAGCUCUCACUUAUGGGCUGACAGGUCAGAUAUAGUAAUUUCCCCACUUUAAUUGUGAGUAUAAAAGGGACUUAACAUCUAUAAAAGGGCAAUUUAGUGAUGCCAUGUAAACAUCCAUAGACUGUACGCUCAAUGGGCAUAUUCUGAAUUAGCUACCAAGAGCCAAAGAGAGGAUCCAGUUUUCCUCCCGAGAUUGCCAGGAACAAGCACGAGUAUAUUUCUGUUCCUUCUUCACACAAAACAUAGUUAACAUUGGGCAUUCCCUGUCACAGGAUACAGUAAUGGUCACUGGCUUAUAGGGCUUUGUAAAGGGCGAUAAAUAAUUACAGGAUGCGAAGUCUCAACAGCAGUCGGUCACAAUGGCUUAAAUCAGUGGUUUCUAACCAGUGUGCUGUGGCACCCUGGGGUGUCUUGAAUGAUGGUCAGGGGUGCUGCGGGCAACACUGGGCUCUGUCCCUCUUUCCUUCCCUCCCUCCUCUGAUGCCCUUUCACAUCUACCUCCCAAAGGCUUGCAUAGCUGUUUGUUGAAGCCCUGGCUACAAGCUCCCCAGGCAACUGGUGCCUGUGGGGCUGGCCAGGAGGUGUUGGUUGCCAGGAGCUGAGGCAGCCUCGGAGUAAGCAAGCAAGUGGAUGAGGGAGCCCAGCCAGCCAGUCCGCCAGCCCUUGCUGUGGGGAAUGGACAGACAAUUGGGAGGCCGGGCAGGCAGGCAGGUACUGCGCUGGCCUUUCUUGUUCUUGCUGUUUCCAAGGCUUGCCUGGGAUCCGAGUGCCCUGUGCUGAAGGGGAGCCUAUCUGCCAUGUAGGCCCAGUGGCUCCUGCUGCAGCCACUGCUGCCUCCCAAUUUAAGGUGCUGCCUGGAGGACUCCCAAGGAGAGGGAAGCGGAGAGGAGGCUGAGGGAACACUCCACAAGGGGGGGUGUUCAAAAAAGUGUGUGAGGCUGCCAGCUCUGCAAGCAAGGGGUGACAUAACUGGGCUCCUGAGCCCCACAGGGGUAACACAGAAAGAACGUAGUUGGUCAAGGGAGCCAUGGACUCAAGAAGGUUGAAAACCUCUGGCUUAAAUGAAACCUCCACAUGGAGAGUUCAUUCAUGAAGUAAUGACAUAAAUGAUUCAGAUAAAUCUGUAAAUAUCAGGUGCCAGGGACAAAACAACAGGUAUCUUCAUGAAGCCCCCCUCCUGGCUUGUGGGCUUCCCAAAGCAAUUGUUCUGGCCACUGAUGGAAGCAGUAUGCUGGGUUAGGUGGGGCUUGGUGUGGUCCAGCAGGGCUUUUCUGAUGCCCUGAUGGGCUUAGCUUCCCUGCCAGUGAGUAAAGGGAUCUGCUUGCCUUUCCUGUAGCCUCUUGUGCUCCAUCAGUAGGCAGGCAGAGGGAACAGGCACAGAGGCUCCUUUGUGCUGACUCCUCUUAUGCCUGCUUUGUAUGGGCUGCAGCUGCCAGCUUCCCUACAGCCUGACCCAGGACUAUUCAUCUGGGCAGGCAGGGGGUAGCAGCCCCCUUAGCAUAAUCAAACUCUCCGCCCCCUGCCUGCUUUGCCUCCAGCUGGGGAAGGGGAGUGACUUUAAACCACCAGCAGCGCAAGCAUCCAAAGUUGCAGAAGGGUGUGUGUGUGUUUGUGUGUGUGUGUCCCCAUCCAUAUGACUUGUUUUGUUAUCUGCCUGUUGCCCCUUCUAAAGCCCCUCUUUUUGUGGGAAGACCUUACAGGAUUGACAGUAGGGGAGACCCAGAAGGAAGGAAUAGGAUAACUUACCUCUGCCCACCCUCUUGCCAUUCCCCUACCUGCAAUAACUGACUGUCCUCUUCUGGCAGAAUGGUGCUGUGCCUGGCGAGACGGCUAAGCGAGACGAGAACCUCAAGCGUGGCAACUGGGGCAACCAGAUCGAGUUUGUUCUCACGAGCGUUGGCUACGCUGUUGGGCUUGGCAAUGUAUGGCGCUUCCCUUACCUCUGCUAUCGCAAUGGAGGAGGUGAGUAUUGGCCGGGGAAGGGUGCAUGCAGCACAAGAGAGAUAGGACCCACUCUGCAUUGCAUUUGCUGACAGUCCUGGCCCUGACACUGUCUGGGGCUAGAGCAUGUGCAGUGUUGCAAAUAGCAGGGUAGGACUGAUUCCCUGCCCCCAGCCGGCACUAAACCCAGUGCUCUGGUAUAGCACUGGUGUGUGUGUUUGUGUGUGGUGGGAAUUGCAGUGCUGUGUCCUGCUAGUUCCGGGAUGGAACUUUGUCCCCACAGACGAAGGUGUAUCCUAGGAGCUUCAUACACAACUAUCUGGUGAAUAUAGGGCUCCUCCUGCAGGAGAGGACUGGGAUUCCAUGCCACACUCUGGGCAGCUUUCUCCCCACCCAGAAUAUGACACUUGGGGGAAAUCUCUGCAUUUCUUAAGGGUUUUGAAGCUCCUUUUCCACUGGCUUGAAGCACAGGAAAUUGCCUUGUACUAAGACUAUUUGUCCAUCUAGCCCAGUGUGCCAGGUAGAAGAGGUCUUUCCUCGAUGUGAUAUAGUGGUUCAGAGCCUCAGACUAGGACAUGGGGGAAACCAGGACUCAAAUCACUACCUCACCAGGGGGAGAAGUUAAACGAGGGGAAAGUGGGAUGUAAGUACAACAAAUGAAUAUGACAUCCCAUCUUGAGCUUUUUCAUCUUGAGAUGCUGGAGAGGGACCUUUUUGCCUACAAAGCAUGUGCUUUACCCCUGAGCUAUGGUUCCUCUCCGGUGCUCAUUUCCUCUUCUGUCUCCAGGUGCUUUCAUGUUCCCCUACUUCAUCAUGUUGGUGUUCUGCGGGAUCCCCCUCUUCUUCAUGGAGCUCUCGUUUGGACAGUUUGCUAGCCAGGGCUGCCUUGGUGUCUGGAGGAUUAGCCCCAUGUUCAAAGGUGAGAGGCAGCACAUUCAGUGCAUACAUUCUGUCCGGUUAUUGUGCUACAAACACAUUUGCAGUCUGCAUCCUUUGCUCCCCAUGUGUGGGUAGAGACUUGUGCGCACAUCCGUACAGUAUUUGCAUUUCAACUGGAGUUGCUAGGAGCAAAAUCAAUUUAAGACAGAUAAUCAGUAUUUUGGGGCAGUGGACCUUUGGCAUCUCUGGGCAGGAUUAGUUCAAAAGCAAAAUUUAGAACAUGUAAUACUGCACAUGUAAUACCACUUCCUUUCCAUCAUGCUUAGUCUCCCCUGUUGUAAGUGCAGGAGACCAUGCAGGGCAUGAUGCAGCAUCUGUGCAGCCAGUGUGCUCCCUCCACCUGCAUCCCACGCUCCUUGUUGCAGUUGUGCCUUUGCUGUUAGUGAACCAGGGAGGGCAGGCAGCAGCAGCAUAAUGUGUGAAAGGGGUGGGCAGGCAUGCAGGCCUGAGGGCUGACUAGGCAGAAAGCUGAGGUCUUGGUACGUUAAAUAAUAAAUCAACAAAUUGCACAACCAGGCCCAAAUUGUUCUGCAGUUUGUCUGCCUGUGCCUUAUAUCCACAGCCUCAGUGUAUGUGUGUCCAUACUUGCACAGGCCAUAUACUUUAUUUGGCUGCAAACUCCCAUCCCUAGAUGCCUUAGAGCUCUCCCCCUUGCAACUUGUGCUCACGCUUUCCUUUCCCUCCAGGUGUUGGGUAUGGUAUGAUGGUUGUGUCCAGCUACAUUGGAAUCUACUACAAUGUUGUGAUCUGCAUCGCCUUCUAUUAUUUCUUCUCAUCAAUGACACGGGUGCUACCCUGGACGUACUGCGGCAACUACUGGAACACACCUGAUUGCGCUGGUGUGUUGGACGUUACCAAUGGCUCAGCUGGGUCAUCGCUCAACUUCACACAACUCUUUAACCAGACGGCCAAGCGCACGAGCCCCAGUGAGGAAUACUGGAGGUGAUGAUGAUGGAGGGGGGCAAAUGGGUGUGGGAUGAAGAGGGAACCAGCUUGUCAGUCGGGAAUUGAGGGCCUGCCUCACAAGAGGACAAGCUGACCACCAUGGACACAUCUUAGUUCAAAUAUGCCAGAUGGAGAUCAUGGCCUUAUUUUUACCUUCCCUAAAUUGUUAAGGAUGUUACCAAAACGCUCCAGACCUGGGAUCACUGGGUGUCUCUAAGGGAGGCUGCAUAUUGGAGAGAUGUUGCCCCAAAUAGGGACCAAGCACAAAAGUUUUGAAUGCAGCUGUCCUGAAAGUUUCAUGGGUCAUCAGAAUGAAUGUGGGGAAACCUCUUGUUUGUCAUAAAUGAUGGGAGAGUGUCUAAGGAUUUGCAGCCAGAGGCAAGCACAUCUGGAUAAUUAGAAGGCAGGCUCUUUAUUGCUGAGCCAAGGGAUGGAGAUAGUAGGUGUGAAUAUGAGCCUGCAGCAUUUUCACUUUAAAAGUUCAAAACCAUCCUGUGUAUUUUGCCUCUUGAAUUACAAGAUGGGAACAGAAUAUAUGUUGAGGAUUAUUUUUAUAUUCAUCUUCUGAUUGACCUCAGCUCCAGUCGGGCCCUGAAAUGUUUCUUAUAUUGUGAGGAGGGUUAUAAAUUGACUGUUCCCAUAGGAAUCUGAGAGAUGCUUGUGAUAUUUUUUUUCUUUUUCUAAGUCUCAUGAUGCAAGUGGUCUAGAAAUAACCAAAACCUUGAGGCUAGUGCUAAAUUGUGUGUAUUCACUCGCUUGCUUGCUUGCUUGCUUGCUUGCUUGCUUACUUAUGCACAGGUUCCUAUCUCUGAUUUUCAACUGUUUGAUCAAAGCAGCUAAUGUCAUAAGGCCAUUACGCCAGCAUUUAACAUAAUAGGCUGUCACUCCUGGCAAUGUCAGCAGCCCUAAUGUCUGGGGUUGGACCUUUGGGUGGGGGCAGGUUGGGCAGGUGCAGAUUGGUUGGGGUGUGUUUUCUGGAGCACAUAUGAACUCUGGUUUGUGCUGCUGUCUUCUACCCCAGGCGGUAUGUGCUGAAGCUGUCGGAUGACAUUGGGAACCUGGGCGAAGUACGGCUCCCUCUUCUGGGUUGUCUGGGUGUCUCUUGGGUCGUCGUCUUCCUCUGCCUCAUCAAGGGUGUCAAGUCCUCAGGAAAAGCAAGUAGUGUUCCUUCUCUUCUAACUUCUCCAUGGAAAUCCAAAGCACAAUGACCUCUCUGGCCCUCCAACAUGGCCUACCCAAUGCCUGUGAACAGUCUACCCCUCCUCUCUUAUCCAGGCCUAAUGAGUUGCUUGUGAGAAACGUUUACUUCAGAAUUGCCCUUCUAGAUCCUUAGGAAGAGGCUGAGCUGUGUGCCCAGUGCUUAGACCUUGACUAAGCAGGGGACACGGAUUCAUGAUAUAGGCAGAAAAAUCAUGCUGCCAAACAGACUGUUGGUACUAAAGCAGUGUUCCUCACUUGGGUCUCCUGCUGCUGUUGGCCUACAACUCCCACCAUCCCUAGCUAGCAGGACCAGUGGUCUGAGAUGAUGGGAACUAUAGUCCAACAACAGCUGGAGAUGCAAGUUUGAGAAACGUUGUACUAAAGAAACAUUCAACAAUAGCAGUAACAACAGUGGCAAGUUUUCCUUAAGAGCGGGACGGGGAGUAAAAGUUAAGUUGCAAGCCUGUUGCGACUGACACAGUGAUGAAACUAAGUUUUCUGGGGGAGAAGACAUCUUUGUCCAGUUGCUGGAAACCAUAGGCAGAUAGAGUGCUCUUGUGCUCGGGUCCUGCUUGAAGGUUUCCCACAAGCAUCUGAGUGGCCGCAGUGACAACAGAACACUGGACAUUGGAUGCCAUUGGCCUGAUCCAGCUGACUCUUCUAAUGUUCUCAUCCAACUUUCCUAUUGACUCCCAGGUUGUGUAUUUCACGGCAACCUUCCCGUACGUGGUGCUGACAAUCUUAUUUGUGCGGGGGAUAACCCUUGAAGGAGCCGUUACCGGGAUCAUGUACUAUCUGACACCGCAGUGGGACAAAAUUCUUGAUGCAAAGGUACUUGUGUGGAAUGCCUGGUAGGCUUGAGCUGUUGCCCCUGGGACAUGAUCUCUGGGAUUUCAUGAUCACACCACCUCUUCCCCUCCCCUCCUUACCAUAGGAGUUUGGGGAGCUGUGCUGGUAAUGCCCUUUCCUUGUCUUUCGUAGGUAUGGGGAGAUGCAGCUUCCCAGAUCUUCUAUUCAUUGGGCUGUGCCUGGGGUGGACUUAUCACCAUGGCAUCAUAUAACAAGUUCCACAACAAUUGCUACAGGUAAGAUUCAUUCUAUAAGCAAUCCAGAAAGGAUGUUGAAACUAUUUGUUGGCGUGGCAUAGUUCUUGUCUCUGGAAGGUGUCUAUAGGGAGGUGCACCCCUUCCAUUUUGAGGUGCUCAAUUUUAGAUGCUGCCCAUUUUCAAGUUGUUCCAUAAAACCAUGAAGUCUAGGGACUUGAUUUCAUCACCAGAGCCUUAAUAAAACAUAUAGGGCAAGGUGGCUAACCUGUGGUCCUCCAGACGUUGUUGACCGCCAGCUCCCAUCAGUCCCAGCCAGCAUGGCCAAUGGUCAGGGAUGAUGUACUCUAAGGGCCACAGAUUAGCUACCCCUAAUAUAGGGGAUAUGUUCAGAAUUAAACACGGUGGACUAGUUACCUCAUAUAUAUGUCAGCCACACUUUGUUAAGGGAAGUAAGAGGUGAUUUUCCCUACUCCUUUUAAAAUUUAAAUUUUGUGUCUUACGCUUUUUUGUUCCUCCAUAAAUCAGAGCUGCUUAUCUCUGGUGAUAUUGUUGAGAGUUAGAAGCGCUUAGCUUUAGGAAAUACAAAGUACAUGAGAUACCAUGAAACCAUUCGCUUGACCUUUUCCUCCUUCAUUCAAUGAUUUUUUCAUGGCUGAAAUAAUCUCUCCUUCUCUCCACCUCCAAGGCUCAUUCUUUGACCCUUUCCUUGGUGUCUCAUAAUGUGACAUGUCCUCCCACUUCCAACAGGGACAGCAUCAUCAUCAGCAUCACCAACUGCGCCACAAGUGUCUAUGCAGGCUUCGUCAUCUUCUCCAUCCUUGGUUUCAUGGCCAAUCAUCUAGGUGUGGAUGUUUCCAAGGUGGCUGACCAUGGUCCUGGCUUGGCCUUCGUGGCAUAUCCAGAGGCACUGACACUACUUCCUAUCUCGCCCCUUUGGUCUGUUCUCUUCUUCUUCAUGCUCAUCCUGCUGGGGCUGGGAACACAGGUAAUCAUGGAAAUUGACCCAUCAGAUAUUGUGGGGUGGGAGAGAGGGUAUAGGCACCUAUGUAGAACAGACACAUUUGCAAUUGGGGCACUUGAGUGCUUUAGUAAUGGAGGGCUGGAUAUGUGAGAAUGGGCACUGGUGUCUGAGGCAUUGCAGAACUGGGUGAUGGAGGGUUUGACAGAAAUCACCCAGGGCACUGCAUCAGAAAUGAAUUCUCCUUUUUCCAGACUGGGUAGAGCAAGGACGAGCUGAGUCACAUGCUUAGGGACUAGGGAUAGGUAGCCAAGCUGGUUGCAUCCAGAUGUUUUGGACUACAGAUUUCCCAUCCGCCCCAUGUGACAUGGCCAAUGGUCAACGAUGGUAAGAAUUGUAAUCUAACAACAUCUGAAAGGUAUCUCUUUGGCUAUCCCUACUGCAGACAAAAAAGUUACAUUUUUUUUAAAAAAAAAUUAUUAUUAUUAUCAUCCUCAUGCAUUUAUUUAUAUCACAGCUUUUACCCUGACAGGGACUCAAUGUGGCUUACAGAUAAAAUAAGAACAGAUAAGAAUGGUGUUAUAUAAAAUGUUAUUUGUGCCCACGUUGUCCCAAAGAACAAAGAAAGCAUCUUUGAUCACAGGCUGUGGGCCACAUCUCAAACAGUCCAGAUCCUCGCCCUGAAAGUGUAUUAGAACUGGUUCAGGUGGAGGAGGAAGGCAGCAGGCCCUGUUGCUAAAGGGGGUGGAUGGAGAGGUUGGAGCCAUCUCAAUAUUCCUCACGUCCUGUUUCUCCUUGGUCAAUUCUCUCCUUAGUUCUGCCUCCUGGAGACUCUGGUCACAGCCAUUGUGGAUGAAAUAGGAAAUGAGUGGAUCAUCCGUCGGAAAACCUUUGUGACUCUAGGUGUGGCUGUAGUGGGCUUUCUUCUAGGGGUUCCACUCACUACACAGGUAUGGGGCACAGGGAGAGGGGGCAUUCUUAGGGAAAUCAGCCCUUACUGAGCUGAAGGCAAUAGGUGUUGCCCAUACUGACAGCUUUCCUUCCCUCCAUUCUCCAGGCUGGCAUCUAUUGGCUGUUGUUGAUGGACAACUAUGCAGCAAGCUUUUCACUUGUCGUUAUUUCGUGCAUCAUGUGCGUCUCUAUCAUGUACAUCUAUGGUAAGUAUCCUGAGAGUUGCCUGGAAGCUUCUUCUGGGGUAGCGAGUCAAGAUAUGGGCCGUUUGCACUUCGUCCUUUUUAGAAGCUAUGUCAGGAAUAAGCUGGGCAGCGACUGGCAUUCCCAAUCAGAAUUGGGCAGGGUAUUCCACAGUCCAACAAAACCUUUCACUGGUAGUCAAGACUACCAAGACAUCUUCCUUCUGUCUGCAGUGUGACUGACAGAUAGGAACCCUAGGAUUGUUAGGGAAAUUGAAUAAAUUAUAUUCAACAAGAAAAAGGGACUGUGGUACCUCUGGAGGGAAAUCAGCAAACCCUCUGCUCAUUCUUGGCUUGUGAAACCUUCACCAUAGAUUAGUUUCUCCAGACUAACGAUGAAGGCAAUGUUUUCCCUAGUCCCCAAAUCCAUAUAGGAGUAACGUCACUCAGGCAGGGCGAUAUGGAUUAUGUUGAAGAUAACAUGUCCAACAAGGCUUCUAGCAAUGGUCAGUUUGGUGAGGCACUUGCUGAGGUCCAAGAUGCUGACCUGAUUUCCCAUUCGCCAGUGAGAGAAAUGCUUGUUGCUAGGAAAAUAAACUGUGCAAGAGCAGGCCUGGUGUCAGCAUCUGGAAUCUUGGACAACUGCUGAGGCCUCAGUAUUAUUUCUUGGCCCACCAAUGCUGAUGGCUGCUCUGGAUCUUCUAUGCCUUUCAGCUGGGACUGCAGGCAGCACUAUAUCACCACCACCACCACUCCCAUCACCACAAUUUAUUGAUCACCUUCUUAAACCACUGGUCUUAAGGCAAUGUACACUUAAAAUAAUUAAAAGCAAUUAAAAACACAAUAACAAUAAAUACAAUUAAAACCCUAAGGAAUAGACACUCUUGUAAACAGCUAUUUAUCCAGCUGGGAAAGUCUUUGCAUUUCCCACAGUGCCCUAGAGCUACAUCAGGCACCCAAGGGCAUUGUGGGAAAGUACAAGGGUAUCUCCUAGCUGUCUGUGGAAGUUGGCUCACUAGAGGGCCCAGUUCCCACCCCACAUAAGAAACACAACCCUGGAACUGGCUGUGUGCAAGGGUUCAGCUCCGUUGUCUCAUCCAGGUCCUUUCCCAUGAAGCAGUUGGAACCUCUGGGGCAAACUGACUAUCUGGUGCUCUGCUUCCUCUGUCAAAGCAGGGGAAAUCUGUGGAAUCAUGAUGUGGGGUGGGAAGAGAGACCCAUCACGCUGGGAGAAAGUGCACAAUCUACAAUGUGGAGUCCCACAGACACCCUACUACAUACAACAGGGCCCAUGGAAACCUGCAACUGGCCCUAGUGCCCAGUUACAACAUCCCUGGUUCGUGCCACUCCUCUGAUCACCCUUUGCCUCUGCUUCACACAGGGCACCGGAACUACUUCAAGGACAUUGAGAUGAUGCUGGGCUUCCCACCACCCAUCUUCUUCCAAAUCUGCUGGAGAUUCAUCUCUCCUGUUAUCAUAUUUGUGAGUGUGUGACAAGAACACUCCCAGUGAGAGGGGGCUAGAAUGGGAGGGAGAGGACUGUGAACAGCCACUCACAUAUGAGCUGGGGGAGGGGGGAGACGUUAGGUAGCGCACCAGUACAGGAGAAAACAGUGCCAAGGAAGAAGACAAGGGAAAUACCAACGAGGAAGAACCACAUCUGCAGAGGCAAGAGGGGUUCCCAAAGAUGCAGUGAGUGUAACAUUGGGCAUAAGCGUAACCAGUAUGAAGGAGGACAGGAGGGUGUGGAAUUAGGGCAGUUGCCUGAUGCCACCCCCCACUCUUGCUCCCCUUGGGCUUUGUAUCACUCAGUCUUCUUUCCCCUCUCUCCUCAGUUCAUCCUCGUGUUCACAGUGAUCCAGUACCGACCGAUCUCCUACAAUACCUAUGUGUACCCCACCUGGGCCAUCUCCAUCGGUUUCCUUAUGGCGCUCUCGUCGGUCAUCUGCAUCCCUAUCUAUGCCGUGUUCUGCGUGUUGCGCUCAGAAGGGGACUCGCUGAUGCAGGUGAGGCUGUCCGUGAGCAGGCUAGCCAAGCGCCCCCUGCCUUGGAUCCCAAUGGCCAAGGGCUUUGAAACCACUAACCCGCUCCCUUGCCUCCUGUCUCCCUGCAGCGUUUGAAAAACGCUACCCGUCCCAGCCGCGAGUGGGGCCCAGCCCUUAUGGAGCACCGGAAAGGCCGCUAUGCGCCAGUACUCAGCUCCUCCACGGAGUCCCAGCUGGAGGUGCAGCUGCUGAACCCCGAGAAGCCCAAGAGCGACGAGGCUGGCGUGGCUGUUGCCAUCACCGUGGGAACCAACGGCUCUACCCACAGCCAGGACUCCAAGAUCUGA